AUGGCAGUCCCUUGGAUAACGGCCUUGCGGGUAGUUCCCUCAAAGUCCCUCCUCGUGACGGAUUUGAGACUUUACGAUGUGGUACACGCCGUCGGCGUGGCCAUCGAUCUGGAUUUCUUUGAUACCCCUUCAAUCAUGAAGGGCUACCUUCCCAAGAAUAAUGGGCUCCAAAAGUCACUUACCGCAGCAGGGGUCGUGUUGAUUUCUGUCGAAAUCGCUCGGAAGCCGGACGUGACUCGAGAUGAGAAGACUAUCAACCCCGAGAUCACAGUCGACUGCCGCAGUUGCUCAGUUCAAUCACAAAGCAUUGAAUUCCAAUUCGGUGGAGAUGAAAUUGCGAAAGCCAAGGCCGGUGCUAGUUCCGCGACGACGUGCAUGGCGUACGCUGAUUUUCGAUGUUUUUCCGACUACGAGAAGGGUCUUUUGAAGGUAGCAGUUGAGUUGGUGAGCCAAGAGGGAAAAUCAAAAGGAGAGGACUUCAUUCAGUUGCAGGCGCAGUGA